UUCCCGUCUCUUACCAAAUUCCUUAAACUAAUCACUCUAUAUAUAUCUAUCCAAAACCUCACACAACACACAAUCACCGCCAUACCCAAAACUAUCAAACUUUUUUCCUUCCCAACAAUGGCACCAGCCAAAACUCUCGAUUAUCUUUCUCAAGAAAAAACCCUCGAGUCCAGUUUCGUUCGCGACGAAAGCGAGCGUCCAAAAGUCUCUUAUAAUGACUUCAGCAACGAGAUUCCAAUCAUUUCUCUGGCCGGAAUCGACGAUGUUGAUGGCCGUAGAGCAGAGAUAUGCAACAAGAUUGUUGAAGCUUGUGAGAAUUGGGGUAUCUUCCAGGUUAUCGACCACGGCGUGGAUUCAAACCUCAUUUCUGAAAUGACCCGUUUUGCUAAAGGCUUCUUCGAUUUACCGGCGGAAGAGAAGCUCCGGUUCGACAUGUCCGGUGGUAAAAAGGGCGGUUUCAUUGUCUCUAGUCAUCUCCAAGGAGAAGCCGUGAAGGAUUGGAGAGAGCUGGUGACAUAUUUUUCCUACCCAAUUAAGCAAAGAGACUAUUCAAGGUGGCCAGACAAGCCAGAAGGAUGGAAAGCGGUUACAGAGCAAUACAGUGAGAAGCUAAUGAGUUUAGCUUGUAAGCUAUUGGAAGUUUUAUCAGAGGCUAUGGGGUUAGAGAAAGAAGCUCUAACAAAAGCAUGUGUUGAUAUGGAUCAAAAGGUUGUGGUUAAUUACUACCCAAAAUGUCCUGAACCUGAUCUUACUCUUGGGCUGAAACGACACACUGACCCUGGCACCAUCACUCUGUUGCUUCAAGAUCAAGUCGGUGGCCUUCAAGCAACUAAAGAUAAUGGUAACACGUGGAUCACCGUUCAGCCAGUUGAGGGUGCUUUUGUUGUUAAUCUUGGAGACCAUGGUCACUAUUUGAGUAAUGGACGGUUCAAAAACGCUGAUCAUCAAGCAGUGGUGAAUUCAAACUACAGUCGUUUAUCCAUUGCGACAUUCCAGAAUCCAGCACCAGAUGCAACUGUGUACCCUUUGAAGAUUCGAGAUGGAGAGAAAUCUGUGUUGGAGGAACCAAUCACUUUUGCUGAAAUGUACAGGAGGAAGAUGAGCAAGGACCUUGAGAUUGCUAGGAUGAAGAAGAUGGCUAAGGAAAAAGAAGUUAGGGACUCAGAGAAGGCUAAGGAAAAAGAAGUUAGGGACUCAGAGAAGGCUAAACUUGAGACCAAACCUUUGAAUGAGAUCCUUGCUUAGACUUACUUGGUUUGACAAAUUAUGAUUUCUUGUGUUUGAAUGGUUGUUUAACUUGUCCAUGUGGGGAUUGGAUGUGCUUUGCUUAGCUACGCUACGAAAUGUAAUAAAAAAAACAUGUUCCUUCA